UUUUAGGGUGCCAGCUUCACUGGUGUAAUGUACACUGGAAUGCCCUGACAGUGGACUUGAAGCUUCACGCAGUAACAAAAGUGGACCUGACGGAUCAGGAAGGUUUAAUAUCCAUGAGAAAUUACAUGAGCUAGCAUGAAGAACUCAUACUCCAUGCAGGCCUAUGGCCAGACAAAUGGCUCGAAUGAAUCUUUCAAGUUUGUUCCGGAGAAGAGGACAGACAUACAGAGCCCAGCGGCCUCGGACCAAAAACAGCCGUCCUGUUGUCUCAGUGUGAGCAACGUGUCCUAUACAGUCAGUGAGCGUGUAGGGCCCUGGUGGGAUCUCCCAUCCUAUAGAAAGAAAUGGACUCGGCAGAUCCUGAAUGAUGUGUCGUUUCACGUGGACAGUGGUCAGAUAAUGGGCAUCCUGGGGAACUCAGGCUCUGGGAAGACCACAUUAUUAGACAGUAUUGCAGGUCGUAUUGGAAAUACUGGCACCCUCAUUGGGGAAGUGUUUGUGAAUGGAAGAAAAGUGAAGCAAGCACUGUUUCAGGAAUGUUUCUCCUAUGUGCUUCAGAGUGACAAUCUCCUGAGCUAUCUGACAGUAGAGGAGACACUCACAUUCACGGCUCAGCUAGCUCUGAGGCAGCACUCAGAAAGUGCCAUCCGCAAGAAGGUGGCUGCUGUUAUGGCUGAACUGAGUCUAAGCCAUGUGGCUAACACUGUGAUCGGAGGCCGAGUCUUUCCAGGUAUUUCAGGAGGAGAGAGGAGGAGGGUGUCCAUUGCUAGCCAGUUGCUCCAAGAUCCCAAGGUGAUCCUUCUGGACGAACCAACCACAGGCCUGGACAGCAUGACAGCCAAUCAGAUUGUAGUGCUGCUGGCAGAGUUGGCCAGGAGGGACCGUAUAGUCAUAGUGACCAUCCAUCAGCCCCGCUCAGAGCUCUUCCGAGUCUUCAGCAGGAUAGCGAUCAUGAGUUGUGGAGAGUUAGUGUUUUGUGGAGAUCCUGGCGAGAUGGUGGAUUUCUUCAGCAGCUGUGGCUUUGAGUGUCCCGAGUAUUGCAAUCCGUUUGACAUCUAUGUGGACCUGACCUCGGUGGAUACACGUUCCAGUGAGAGAGAAGCUGCCACCUACAGACGCAUGCAUGACAUAACCUCAGCAUACCGGAGAUCAGAGAUCUACCAGAGAAUGACAUGGAAGAUUCGGCAGAGUUGUCAGCGUGCUAAUAAACCCAUGAUCCCCUUCAAGAGCAAAGAGUCCCCUAGCUGUAUGUCCAAAUUGGGUGUCCUCUUUAGGAGGACGGUACGGAAUUUGUCUCGGGACAGGAUGGGUGUCAUCAUGCGUCUCUCUCAAAAUCUCAUCUAUGGCCUGUUUGUGGCCUUCUUUGUCAUGAAUCUUGAUAAUGAUGUCAACAAGGGUGCAGUGCAGGAUCGGAUUGGUAUUAUCUACCAAGCCAUGGGUGCUUCACCAUACACAGGCAUGCUGAAUGCUGUGGCCCUGUUCCCUGCUAUGAGAGCUGUAGCUGAUCAGGAGAGUAAAGAUGGAUUGUACCAGAAAUGGCAGAUGUUCCUGGCCUACAUCGUUCACAUCUUCCCCUUCAGUAUCAUCAGUGUAUUUAUUUUCACCUCUUUCCUUUACUGGGCUGUAGGGAUGCAUCCAGAUCCUUGGCGCUUCAUGUGUUUUACAGCUGUGAUCAUGGUGCCCCACAUCACAGGGGAGCUUCUGACUCUGGUGCUGCUUGGAGUGGUUCAAGAUCCCAACAUGGUUAACAGCGGAAUGGCGUUGCUCAAUAUAGCUGGGAUCAUGGUGGGCUCUGGGUUCCUCAGGGGCACUCAGCAGAUGCCUGUGGUAUUCCAGUGGCUAAGUUACCUCACCUUCCAGAAAUAUGGCUGUGAGCUUCUCAUCGUCACUGAGUUCUAUGGCUUGAACUUCACAUGCAAUUCAUCGUUGGGUUUCCCAGAAGGAUGCUUGAUAAAAGAUGGCAAUAUUAUUAUAGACGAGCUUUACCCAGGAGGCCCCUCACGCUACACCCUGGACUUUCUUAUGCUGUACGCCUUCCUGCCUGCCCUCGUACUGCUCGGGGUCAUCAGCUUCAAGAUCCGAGAUCGCCUCGUGAGACGCUGAGGUGCUAUGUGUGUUAAAGAAAGGAAUAUCCUCUGCGAUAACCUGUUUGUACAUAGUGUGCUUUUGUCAGAUCCAAGAACCAGUAAAAUGUUAUCCCUGUACUCACAACAACAAGACACCACAUUAAUGGUCUGGAGGUCAUUCACCUUUCUCUGUGUAGCUUGUUGAGUAAACUUUGUUGUUACUGUUAAUAGAUAAAAUAUUAAAUGAUGAUUCCAAGUGUAAAUGUUGCUAUUGUAUGUUCAUAAUCAAUGUGUAACAAAAAGUAAACGUAAAUUGUUUUAA